AUGAACUUUAAUGUCAGGAGAGGCUCAUUGCAAAGGAAUACAUCCCCAUUAACCAGUUCCGAUUCUAAAGUUGAAAGAGACCCUGGUGAGGAAGGUGCAUUGCCAAUAGAAGUGCGUCUCAACAGGACCCUUUACAUUACUGAGCUACUUAUUGGUUCCAACAAGGAUAGGCAUCAGGUUCUUGUGGAUACAGGAAGCUCGGACCUAUGGUUUAUGUCUUCUGAUGUUUAUUGCCUUGCAUCUACCAUGAAACAAGAGGAAGGGAGGGGAGGUAAAAGUGAACUACAAUCACGUGAAUUGGCUCAAAAUCAACCCAUGUCUAAAAGAUCUUUGAAGGACAACCAGAGCGCAAAUUCGAAUUUAGUUAACCUCGCUGAUUUUCUAGGAGAGACUGAGUAUCCUGAUCCUGGUAACGAGAUUGUAUCCACAGACUCGAAUCCUAUAACCUACAAUGAAACCAACAUAUGCAAAUUUCACGGCUCAUUCAAUACAGAAGAAUCGGAUACAUUUGUGCAUAACAAUACCGGCCCAUUUGAGACUAACUAUGCUGAUGAUACAUAUGCAAAAGGCAUUUGGGGUUACGACACUGUCGGAAUUGGCAACACAUCAAUAGCGAAUCUAAAUUUUGCUGUUGUUAAUGAAUCUUCAAGUGAUUUUGGGGUGUUGGGGCUUGGAUUGCAGUUAUGGGAGCUGGUCGAAAAUUUGAGCCACAUGUAUGAGAACCUACCCAUGAAGUUAAAAUCAGUGGGCGUAAUCGAUAAAGCUAUGUAUUCAUUAUAUUUGGAUAAUGCUGAUGCCCUCAGUGGCACUGUUUUGUUUGGUGCUGUAGACCAUGCCAAGUAUGAGGGAACAUUGGAAACAUUGCCAGUAAGGAAAACUUAUGAUGAAGACGCCCAUCCAACAAAGUUUCAAGUGAUGAUUAACCAACUUACCAUCAACAACAAGACUGAGUCUCUUGAGAUUUUGGUGGGAUCUGACUAUGCCGUACUAGAUUCAAGCUCAACCUUGUCUUAUUUUCGCAAAUCGCAAAUACGGGACAUUGUCAAAACGCUUAAUGGACAAUUUUCAAGCUUUGCUGGUGCAUAUGUGAUUGACUGUAGCUACAAGAAUUCAGAAUCAACUUUGGACAUCACAUUCACCAACAAGACCAUUAGAGUUCCAGUAUCUGACUUGGUGAUUGAAUCACCCUUGAACUCUACCUGCUACUUGGGGAUUUUGGAGCAGUCAGUGGGCUCAUUAUAUAUUUUGUUUGGUGAUAACAUAUUAAAGAACGCUUACAUUGUUUAUGAUUUGGAAGAUUAUGAGAUCCAUAUUGGCCAAGCUUAUUACACUGAUGACGAGGAUAUCGAAACUGUUGAAGAUAACGUUCCUACUGCAGGGGGACAAAAUGUUACGACAGUAGAGGGGAGCCGUCGGUCAACUGCGAAAAACAGCGGAUUAUCGUUAGAGAAUUGGUCAUGGACUUACACGUUAGGUUUGUUGUUCCUCACCAUAAUAUAA